ACCAGUGAAUGAAUGUGCAAGUGCAAAUUAUCACAUAUAAAUAGUAGGCUAUUUAUGUGCAAGUGUUUCAGAUUUCACCCUAAACGACCCUUCAUAGCAGUUGCAUUAGUACCCUUAUAAACAAACACAUGGUGUCAAAUUGCAAGUACGCACUUCCCGGUCUGGACUGAGGCAAAAUUUGAGAAUAACGCUCGAGUUUCCCAUAAGAGAUCUCAGCUGAACCGCGUAUGCGUAACCAUUACUAUCAAUAAAACCUCACUGUUGGGGAGGCUUUCUUCUCGUCUUUACCCGCAUUUUGCUCCAGAUCUCGAGUUAAAGCGUUACUUUACCAGCUGGUGAAGACAAGGAGAUGUCUUCAGUAAAGACAGAAGACUCUGCCACUGGCACAGGUGUGGUGAAUGAUGGACGGCUUGUAUAUAAGGAUAAAGAAGUAAAUGAGAAUGCCAGACCUGAAGAUCUCUCAGAGAUGUUGGCUGCAGGGACCAAAGAUGUUCAUGACAAGGCAGAAAAUACACAGUUCGUCAAAGACUUCCUUCGGGGGCGUAUAUGCAAGGAGGUUUUUAAGUUCGGUGCAGUGGCCCUGUACUACACCUACACAGCCAUGGAGGAGGAGAUGGAGAGGAACAGGGAGCACCCACACAUCGCCCCGCUUUAUUUCCCCAGCGAGCUGCACCGUCAUGAGGCCUUGGCCCGAGACGUGGAGUACUUCUAUGGUGGAAACUGGAAAAGCCAGAUCACCUGCUCCACCGCCACCCAGCGCUACGUAGACCGUAUUCGCGAAUUGGGCCGGGAUGACCCGGUGUUGCUGGUGGCCCACGCCUACACCCGCUACAUGGGUGACCUCUCGGGAGGCCAGGUGCUAAAGAAGGUGGCCCAGCGUGCCCUGAAGCUGCCACCCACUGGUGAAGGGGUUCACUUUUACCAGUUUGACACCAUCCACAAUGCCAAAGCGUUCAAGCAGCUGUACCGGAGCCGCAUGAACGAGCUGGAGCUGGAUGCUGAAACCAAAGAGAGGCUCGUUAAGGAGGCUGUCAAGGCCUUCAACUUCAACAUAGAGGUUUUCCAAGAGCUUGAGGAGUUGGGAAAAACAAUUGAGGAGGAUGUUUUGGAUGGAGGUCCUGUCCAUGGUGACAUUCAGGGAGAUAUCAGCAAAUGUCCUUACUAUGCUGCUAAGAUGGCGGCCAGCGGGGGAUCGGCUUACGCAUGUCAGAUGGCCAUGUCUGUCCUUAGAAACCCCACAGGCCAAGUACUAUUGGCUGUAUGGAUUGCCGCCCUUGCUGGACUGACUGCUUGGUUCUUCAUGUGAUCUAUGAAGACAGACCAACCCCGUGUAAAACUUUAAACCUUUUAUGCUGACAUAGCCGCACAUUCCAUCACCCAUAUCCUAAUGUUAAACAGUAAAACAGUUUUUGGAUUAGUAUGAAAGCUUCCAUUACCAAUGGUAGAAGUAAGGAAUGACUGAUAAAGUGUGUAAAGGCUUUGAUUGUGUUCAAUGUACAAACACCUAAUUCAUCACUUUCUACCUGUGAAACCACCCAUUGGCAUUUUAGCUGUUGGGACACUCUGUUCUUUUAAAUUAUACUGUAUUCUUAAAUUUACUUCAAACAUCUUCAAAUGGAGGAUCUGGGUAGCAUAGUUUAUUUUGAAUUGAAAUCUACUUAAUAGUAUCAAACCCAGAUUUGUUUAUGCUAUGGUAGGAUUUAACUAAACAGCAGGUAGUUAAAAAGAAAAUGGGAAAAUAUUUCUUGAAAUAAUGGAGUAGGGAUUCUUAAUGAUGUAGAAUAGAUGGUAUUCUUUUCUAGAAUACCAUUUUAUUCUACACUUUAGUUUAUCUUUUUACCGUGAGUUUAAUGAUCUGGUUAACUGUUCUUCCUAAUCUCAAAUUUGCUUCUAAAAGACAGUUGCAUGCGACAGUCUUAUCUGCAGGGCAGAUUGCUGAGGUGGAACUAAAAGGUAGCUACUUUCCUACAAUUUACAGGAAAGAUUGGUCUAUUGUUAACGGUUUAAAAAAGCGCUAAUGGGAGGGUAUUGCUGAGUUUACUUGCUUGAAAGUCUUUUGAUAUAACGACCAAACUACAUUCUGAGCUUUCACGGCCAACUACCAUUCCUACCCAGUUCAGUUCUUGGUGCGUUAUGCAGUGCUGAUGGUAGUUUUCAUAUUUGACUUGAUUGUAUACAAGCUCACAUUACUAUUACUUUUUAUAAGUUGUUAGUGAAACACUGGAAAAGAUUGUAAUGGAGAUACUGAGUAACCUUUCAGUUAAAUGAAGGAACAGUAUUGAAAGAAAGCAGGCACAUGUGUAGAAGUUAUCUUUGGCAGUGUUUUCUAAUUGGUCUCUGGGGACCCUUAGAUGGUCCAAAUUUUUGCUCUGUCCCAUCUCACCACAGCUGAACACGGCACCUGAUGGUGUGCUGGGCAUUAGGAUGGAGCAAGCAUGUGGUCUGGGCCAAUUUGUGGAUUACCAUCUGGGGCCUUGCAGAGCAUGUUUGGUAUGUUGCUGACUGGUGAUUUUAAGCAUUUUUGCGCUAUGCGGUUAUGUUGCAUUUAUGUUGAGGGAGGGAAGUUACAACUGAUGUUUUGUUGUGCAUCCUCUUACCAAACCAACAAACUUUUUGACACAGUUGUCACUUUAAAGAUGCAUUCUUUUUUUUUGGGGAAACAGUCAUACCCCUAGCACUUGAGUUGCUAUGAGGACAAAGUUGGAGUCAUGUUCCUCUCCAAUUCAUAGACAAAGCUGUGUGCAAGAACCAGGGAAGUUUAUGUAAAUAAGAUAAUAUAAAAAGGAAAGAGCAAAGAAAACCCUAGGUUUGACAAAAAAAGCUUGUUCAAUACUCCAUAAAUCUUUAAACAUGGAUGUCUGCUGAUGAAGAUAGUGUGGGAUCUUGUUACUAUUUACUGUGUACAGCAGACAGGUUAUGUCUCUAGACUCCUGUAGUUGAGUGUCUACUAAUAUUUAAGUUGUAAAAGUGUUCACAAACUACUACUACUUAGCAGUAUACAAUGGUUAUGAUACUUUUUCAUUCAUGGAACUGAACUGGAUUUGAGUCUGUGGGCUAUCGGUAUGCUUUUGCCAGGGUCACUUUAAAUAUUUUUGAUACAAUGUGAGACAUGCUGAGAUUCUGAAACCAAAGGAUUAGGUCUUCGAGGUUUCCCUCAUAGUUAAUCUUUUCUUGCACCUAAAGCAUAAAUCGUUUUGCUGGAUGUGGUUCCUGCCAUGUCAGCUGCAACAGCAUGAUUGUAUUUAAUAGAGUUUGAUAGUUAUUCUUCACUUAAAGGUGUAUAAUGUAGGAUUUUAUAUUUUACAUUAAGUAAAGCAAUCAGGUUAUGUGAUGUACUGAUGUUUCUGUGGAGUAGGUUUCAAAAAAGGCAAAAGAGCUGUGGCCAAAAAAAGUUACAAAUUAAUUCAUGAUUGUGCUUGCAAAAAGACACUGACCAGAUGGUAAAGGCUGAAACAUCAACAAAAAUUUAUUACAACAAACUACUUAUUACCCACAGCAGAUUCCAAGAGCAAUAGACCAAUUAUUAAUUUAUUCCUACAUAUUGCACCUUUGUAACAGGGCUUAAGUGGAUUAUAAUUAUAGUAGAGUGGUUUUAAAUUUUAACAGAUGGAUUACUAACUGCUAUUGUCAACAAGGACCAGAUGUGGCUGUAAUAAUAAUAAUAAUAAUAAAAAUCAUCAUCAUCAGUGUUA